AUGAUCCAGACGAAGCGACUUCAGUCACCGAGGGAUAAACUCACUGGCAAUGGGUCAAACCGUCCAAGUCUCAGAGCAAAGAGGCCAAUUCUCGCGCAGUCCGAUCCUAGAAGCUCGCCCGCCCGGCCAGCCAAACAGCCCAGGCUGGAUAACGAUGACGAAGAAAGCAACUCAGACGACGGGGAUAUUGGCAGUGAUGGCCAGACACGGCCGCUACGGAGUCCCUCAAAACGGUCCCAAUUCCAUGCUUCGCACUCGCCCGAGCGACCGUCGGUCAUCGUGGCCAGUACCCCAACCACCGGUCAAGGCCAACGGCGGGAUCCUUCAAUUGUCUCUCCCCAGCAGAGGCCGCCUCACCCGAUUCCUACUCAUCCUCCGGUGCCGAUAACAGAAGGGCCGCCAAAGCAUGCCCAGGAGCCAGCCCAGGUCCAAGUCAGAUCCCCGAGACCCGUCCAAAUGCAAAUCGACUCCAUCGUAUCCGCCAAGCCUGGUCCUGUCGCCGCGCCCCCAGCCGUGCAAGCCCAUAUUCCCCAAACGACGGGAAAACCAAGCGCUGAAAGUCGCCCUAGCAAGCCGCCUGAGAACGCGGUAACCGUGACCCGAAACCCACAGUCGCCAAGCGACAAUGUCGAUGCCUCUGGCCUCAAAGCUCUCAGACCUUUCGAGCCUCAACCAACACCGGAAACACUUCUGAAAGAACCAGACGCGAGCUCCUCCCCAGCGCCCAAGCCAGCGGACACUCCCGAGCCCAAACUCACGCCGAGUCUCUGCUUCCGCUACGGCCUGCAAUACCUAUCCCAAUACGUCAAAUUCUCCGAGCAGAACGACGAAGCACAAACCGAUAAGACGGCGGUGCUACAAGCCGAGGUCGUGUCUCUGCGCGAUAAACUCGAGGAAUCGGAGAGGAGGCAGGAUCAGCUGAAGACGCAGCUUGAGCUUAAGAGCCAGGAUCUGGAUAGCCUUAAGGGUUUGCUAUCGCAGGUUACGGCGGAUUUCAACAAGCAGCUGGAUGAUGUUAGGGCGGAUACGAGGAAGGUUAUGAAGCAGCAGGAGAAGUUUCGGGGGGCGGAGGAUUGGAAGGUCUCGGAUAUGUUGAAUAUGAUGGCUAUGGCGAAAAGUCAAAGGGGUGGCAGCGUAACUCCGGACGUCUAG